AUGCCUCUGUUGCCAUUCAGCCAUAUCAUCCGCCACCCCUCAAAGGACAUCGUCGUCCUCUCAUUCGGAGAGCACCUCCAAGCUGUCGACACAAAGAGCGGCGUUAUCUUGGCAAGCACGAUUGCCUUGGAGGAGCGGGAAGCCAAUGGUCUCGAAGUCCAGCCCUUGACCAACACUCCUGAUGAGGCUCAGAACAACAAAGCUCGCGUCCAGGUCAUGGCCUUUAGCCCCGAUGGCGCCUUCUUGGCCACCGCUGCUGACGACAAAAUCAUGAAGAUCUGGGAUACCGAGUCAUGGAAGGUCCUUGGUACCAGGACUUUGGUUCGUCGUUCCAACGCUCUUCACUUCAACGACUCUGGAUCCCAUGUUGUCACCGCCGACAAGUUCGGUGACAUCUACAACAUGAUCCGUGAUAUCCCCGAUGUUGUUGCUCCCGUCAAGACUGCAGAAACAACAGAGGAUGCUGAGGGCGAUGAGGAUGAGGGCGAGCAGCCUAUUCUUGGACACGUCUCUAUGGCCACCGAUCUUGUCUUGACUCCCGACAACAAGUACGUCAUUACCUCUGACCGUGAUGAGCAUAUCCGCGUCAGCCAAUACCCCAAGGGCCACAACAUCGAGACGUACUGUCUUGGACACACCAGCUUCGUCACGACUAUCCGGAUCUUGCCUGGAACUUCUCACAAGUACUUGAUCUCUGGAGCUGGAGAUGCCACGAUCCGUGUUUGGGAGUACAUGCAGGGCCGCGAGGUUCAGACCUUCAACAUCCGCGAGGCUUUGGGCAUGCCCCCCGCAGAAGCCGAUGCCGAGGAUGAUGUGACCGUAUUCUCCUUUGCCGUUUGCCCUACCAAGAGCCACAUUGCCGCCGUCAUCGAGAAGGAGUCAAGAUUGUUGAUUCUUCAAUGGAACGAGGCAGAGGCCAAGCUCGAGUUGUUCAAGAUCCUGGAGUUGGAGGGUAAGCCCCUCUCAGCCGAAUACGAUCGUUCAGGAAACCUCUGGACCUCUGUUGUUCCUUCUGAAGAAGAAGGCAAAUCCACUUCGCUCAUCUCUGUGUACGACAGCAGCAACUAUGCGAUUCAGGAGGAUCUUGCGAAAUACACCAACACCUUCGGAUCAAGGACUGUCGAGACCCUUCCUGAGCUGAUCUUUACGGAAGAGUUGAGGAAGCAUACUACGGACUGGCGUGAGCUCAAGAAGGCCAGGGAAGAGAAGGAGGCUGCGCGUUUGGCGGGUGAUCCUGACGCGCCCCUGCCCAAGAAGAGAAGAAAGAACAAGAACUCGAGAAAGAUUCCUGGGCAGUCUUCUACUGCUGCUUCUUCGGAGCCUUCGGCUGCAACCUCGCCCGAUGUCGCCAUGGAAUAA